AACCUCCAUCUCUCUCCUACCGUUGCCUCACAUCAAAAUUAUCCGUCUCUCUGAAAAAAAGUCCAGAUAUUUUAUUGAACUCGCUGAAUUAACUCAAUGGCAGACACCGAAGUAGCUGCUCCUGUGCCUCCGGCAUCGGCGGAGGCCAAGUCCAAGUCCAAAAGAGGUGUAAAAGUGGCAAAAGAGCCGAAAGCCAAGAAAGCAGCCGCCGUGGCCGCCGCUCCGAAGAAGGCAAAGACCGCUCGUACCUAUCCUUCUUUCCUUGAGAUGAUAAAUGAUGCGAUUGUGACAUUGAAAGAAAGGACUGGAUCUAGUCAAUACGCGAUCACAAAGUUCGUCGAAGAGAAGCACAAGAAAUUACCUCCGAAUUUUAGAAAGCUGUUAUUAUUUCAUUUAAAGAAGCUCGUAGCCUCUGGUAAGCUAGUCAAAGUUAAAAAUUCAUUCAAGCUGCCAUCUGCCCGCUCUGCUCCGGCUAAGAAACCAGCUGCCGAUGCCAAGCCUAAAAUAGCCGCCGCUAAGGUAAAAGCCGCCACAAAAGCUGCAGCCGCUAAGCCAAAAGCUAAAGUCGCCGCAGCCAAGCCAAAGCCAAGAACUGCGGCAAAGACAAAGCCGAAAACUGUUGCUAAGCCGAAGCCAAAGACUGCGGCGAAGCCGGCUAAAGCUAAGGCCAAGGGAACAGCAAAAGCAAAGACAGGGAAGGCUGCUCCAGUUAAGAGCGCGAAGAAGCCGAAGAGUGUUAGAUCGCCGGCUAAGAGGAAGGCUUUAGGGAAGUGAGAAUUGCUAGGGAUAGUGAUGUAAAUUUGUCGGUUGAUUCUGAUAGUAACAUAGCUGUUGCUGUAGUAAUUUUUUUUUUCUUUCUCCUUUUAAUGAAAUCCUGUUAUUGAUAUUAUUGGAAUUAGCUGUAAUUUCAAGUUAGUAUAUAACAAUGGGGUUUUCGAAAUUGAUUA